CAAGAGGCAAAGGAGCGAAGAGAAUGUAGCAUGGCGACGACGAGGGCAGAGCCCGUUGACGCCACAAAACAGCACUCCGAUCCAUAGCUUUCGCGACUUGGCUGCACGAUGGCUGCCAGUGCCGCCGCCCAGGUGAGAAGAGGGAGCUGCAGGCCAGGCAAAUCCCUACAUCAUGACGUGAAUCACUUGUGCUCUCUGUGUGUGGUUUGUCAUUCGGUUUGGUGCAGAUGAGCGCGGUGAUACGGGCGCAGCUGCUGCCGCAGGUAGAGGGCUAUCGGCUGAAGCAGGCUCAGGUAUCAGCUAACCAACACAUACCGACUCGUCCAUUCCAUGCAGUGCAUCCAAAGCUCAUCGGCUGCGUGCUUGUGUGUGGUGUGCAGGUCAACAGCUGCAUCGACCAACUUCUGCAGAUGGACACCGCGGCUUCGGUGGCACCACUGAUGCGGCAGGCUGCCAAACACACCACAAGCCCUCUGUGUCAUGCUGCUUUCGUCGUUUGAUUCAUUCGUCAGAUGGUGGCCAAGGUGAGUCGUCAGUUUGCUGCCGUGUCCGACCUGCUGGCCGAGUUGGCAGAGACCAUCAACUCGACCAUCGCACUCACAAGACAUCGCCGCACACAGGUGAGUGGGGGAGUGACCACAGGCAGGCACACACACAAGACCCACACUGAUCUGGUGUGCACCUCUUAUGUGCUGUGUGUGUGUAUGUCCUUCUGUCUGUGUGUCAUCAGGCGCGACGGUUGCACCUGACUGACAUCCCUGCCGAGCCCAUGAGCGUCAUCAUGGAACUUGCUGACCUCACCGCCGUCGCCCACCUCAAGUCGACAGCCCGGCCCAUCAGAAAUGCCUCCGGCCGAUCGUCCGCUGCCUUCGGCUGCCGAAGGCCAUCGAGCGGGCGGGGGCGGGCGGUGUGGUGCAGUUCGACCCUUUGCUGAGCCACGGCGAUGUGAUGAAGGCCAUGUGGGUGGUGGAGGAGGGGGGCGAGGGCGGCUGGCGGGAGGUGAGCGACACACUCAGAGUCGCCGAGCAUUUCGGCUAUUGUCAGCUGCCGGUCACUGUGGGUGUUGGAUACCUCCAGACACACGCCACCAAGGCGGUAAGCGCGAUACACAGAAGAGGCAAUGGGCGAGCUGCUGGAUGUGUGUGUGUUGACUGCAGGAUUUCCUGGCGAUGCCCCGGUUCUGUGAGCAGUGGAUGCUCGUCGGCCGCAAUGUGGCCCUCCGCCGCCCCACUGGCCAGCAAGACGGCACUCUCGAGCUGUUCCGCCACAACAACAACGAGACUCGCGCCAUCCGCAACGAGCCCAACUUCGCCAUCGCCAUCAACCCGCUCCUCCCCCUCCCUGGCCGCCCCGUCCAUCCCUUCUCGCAGCACCCCUUCACCCACCACGCCAAGCCACACGACCCGCCAGUCCGCCACCGCAUUGUGUGGGAGGAUGGUGUGGGGUGGGCGACAGGUGGCGCCAACGAUGCGCCUGUUCUCACAUCGGCGAGUUCCCUGCUGAAGGAGCUGAUGCUGGUUCACCGGCUCGUGUUUGCUGUGGGCGGCUUCACCGAAUCGCCAGCAGUGGUGGUGGACCGGUGAGUGGAUGGACGGCAUACAAUGAGAGGGCGAAUGGCUAUGUGGUGCGCUAUUGAUGUGUGUGUCAGGCGUGUGCGGGGUGGCCACCUCGACCGCAUCAUGACUCGAUCGCCGCACACGCCCCUCAACGGAUGCUCGGACGUGGUGGCAUGGGAGCGGGCCGAUGAGGUCUGUGGGCAGACGCAUCUGCUUACGUCAUCCAACGACCCAUUCAUCGCAUGGAUUAACUAUAGCAUCCAACCAAACAACAACCAGAACGGUACGCAUUCACAUUGACAACACAUCAACAACCCAUCAUCAUGCUGUCGUGUCGUCUGAUCCUCUGCUCUGCUGUUGUGUGCGUGCAGUGCGCGUGAUCAUCACUACCACCGAGGCGCCAGCAGUGGGUGUGGCCAAUGAUGCGCCCUUCGCCCAGCGGUUCCCCCUGACGGCCGCUAAGGUGCGCCGCGUCCUCGGGCCCAUCGCGGCCAUCGUGCUCGACGGCCAGGCGCCUUAGAUACAGCGUUCCCACACAGAUGAUGCAGAGGAUACCUGGUGGUACGGAUUGUGUGAGUGUUGGGUCCGUGUUCUGCAGGCAAAUUGGCGUCAAGGAACGCCACAGAAGUAGCUGACUGACUGUCUGACUGACUGACUGUCUGGCCGGCGGGUGGGAGGACGGGCUGCGCGUCUGGUGGUAUGUGCAUCUCAUAUCUGCUGCUGCAUGAUGGACUCAUCCUGUACGUGUAGUGUGCGGACAGACAGACAGGUGCGGUGCGGUUCGGUUCGGGUCGGUGCGGGUCGGUGCGUGCGCAAAUUCCGAUGAAUUAUACAUGUGUUUAAUUACUAGAAUGUGG